UUAUUGUUGAUAAAAUUUAUGAAUUCGACUUGCCACUUCUACAGAAAGCAAGAAAACUGGAGUGAAAUUCUUCAGUAUUACUGAUGAAUCUUGCUGCUUAUGGCGGGGAUCCAACAGGAAACUUACUCUGCGUCAAUUUUAAUCAGGACUGUAGUUCUCUGGCAGUUGGCUCAAAGGCCGGAUACAAAUUGUUCUCUUUAAAUUCUGUGGAAAAGUUGGAGGAGAUAUACGAUUAUGCUGAGACAGAAGACAUUUGCAUAGUAGAAAGACUAUUCUCCAGUAGUCUUGUAGCCAUUGUCAGUUUAUCUGCUCCUAGAAAACUUAAAGUCUGUCAUUUUAAGAAAGGAACAGAAAUAUGCAACUACAGUUAUCCCAACACAAUCUUAGCAGUCAGGCUAAACAGAGUGCGACUGCUUGUGGUGUUAGAAGAAAGUUUAUAUAUUCACAAUAUUAGAGACAUGAAGGUUCUACACACAAUAAGAGAUACACCUCCUAAUCCAUCAGGUCUAUGUGCCCUCUCUGUAAACUCUGAUAAUUGUUACCUUGCCUAUCCUGGAAGCAAUCAGAUUGGUGAGGUCCAGAUAUUUGACUGUGUAAAUUUGCGGGCAGUAACAAUGGUUCCUGCCCAUGACUCUCCUGUAGCUGCUAUGGCAUUCAACUCUGCUGGGACCAAACUAUCAACAGCAUCAGAAAAGGGAACAGUUAUCCGAGUGUUUGCAAUUCCUGAUGGAAUAAAACUUUAUGAAUUCAGACGAGGAGUGAAGAGGUGUGUAACUAUCAACUCGCUCGCCUUUAGCCAUGACUCGCUGUUCUUGUGUGCGUCAAGUAAUACAGAGACAGUACACAUUUUCAAGCUAGAAGCUCCGAAGAAAGAGCCUCCGGACGAGGCAAGCGGUUUGAUGGGUUACUUUGGAAAAGCGCUCUCCCCCAGCAGCUAUCUCCCAGUGCAUGUCGCAGAAGUGUUCAACCAAGAGAGAGCUUUUGCCAGUGUUCGAUUACCACAAGCAGGUCUUAGAAACGUUUGCGCCAUAGCAAUGAUUGGCAAGCUUCCACGCUUGUUGGUGUCCAGUGCGGACGGUUAUCUUUACAUCUACAAUAUCGACCCUGAGGAGGGAGGGGACUGUACGCUGCUCAAACAACAUAGGUUAAUUGGUCAAACUGAAGGCCUUGAAAAACCAUCGGAAGAGGAAAGCACUUCCGCCGAACUUAACCCAUCUCCAACGAACAAAGAAGAAGAAUCUCAAGAUACGAGAGUUCGAGCAUCAUCACAAAACAGUCAGAAUUCUCCAACAACAGGUGUAUGUGACCCCACCCAAGCCAUGACGGCCUUUGGUGACCUGCAAGGGCCUGGAAACCUAAGAUUGGACGAUGAGACUGAGUAUCCACCGCUGACUGUACACAACGAAUAGAGUCUCCGUCAAAUCUCUUUCUUAGACGGUCUUCGCUUUCUUCACUUUUUAUGCCCAAAACCGCUGUAUUCAGCAGUAGAUCUGAUGCGGACACUUUUUAAACGAAGAAGUUCUUGUAGGAUUUCUUGUACUCUUUUUGAUGUGUUUGUUCUGAUUUUCCUUGUUUAACGAAAGAAAAUUUUCUCGCAGUCGUCAAGUUUGUUCGCAAGAACAGUGUUCCUUUGAGGAUAAGAAGGUAGUAAGGUUUUCAAAGCUAUUACAUUGCAUAGAAAUUUUUUUGUAGAAGACAAAGAUUUUAUGCGUUCUUGUGCGAGUGAGUGUUUUGGGUGGAAGUGUCAAAAGUGAUUUUUAAGUUAUAAAGUUAUACGAUAUAUGCAUCUAUUUGAUUCUUCAAAUUCAUUGAUUAAACAGAUCCAUUUAACUUUCUGUGUACCGUAAAAAUGUUUUCGAUGAAAGGAAAGUUAAGUCGAUAACACGACGAUUUAUUGAAGUUAUGUUUGUUUUGGUUUCUAUUCUCGAUGAUUUAUUGUAGUCAGCUUUCUAUAAGCCAGCUGAUUGUUGUUUUGUUGGGGAUGGGCUGAAACCACGAAUUUGGUUCAUUACCGAUGUAUAUUAUGUCGAAAACACCAGUAGGAAAUGAUUUGAAAAUGAAAACCAUGGGAACGGCCCGUAUGAUAUCACAACGUGAAGUAACAGGUGCCAUUUGGUCGUUAGCCAAUCAGAUCAGUUAAAUUACGCCCCCCGUGUCCCAUCAAAUAAUGCACGAGUUGAGGUGAAGGUCGCCACUUUUUGUCUUGAAACGCCCUACGGAUCCUAAAUUGUUAGGGGACUUGGAAGUCAGUGUUCAUCCAAUCAAGAGAAUCCGCAAUUUUUCUUGGUGGAAACGGAUUUUCUCCUGGCAGCAGUCCCAUGAUGCAGAAACAAGUUCAGGUGACCAAAGAGUAUAUCAUCAGUUACCCGAAGGAAAAUGCUGCAGCGAAGGCGAAGAGGCGAACUCUUCUUCCCACAGAUCUCGUAACGAAGGUUGUAAUUGUUGAGGGAGGUACACAAUCUUCGCUAACAGCGAGCGAACUGGCCGAGAUAUUAGAUAUGCAAGUUGGCAAUCACACCAAAAGAACCAAGACCACCCAGCUACACUGACUAUAAACAGCACACGACAUCUUUCACUACCGAUUGCUUUUUGUCAAUACAAGAAAGGCUACCGGAGACAUAACAACAGUACCAGCCCCCACAAUUUGGAAAUUUGCUCUGUGAACUUGAAGUUAAUUUAAAUGUAGAAAAACAACUUUGCAUAUGAAAACUGAUACGCAAUUCCUUGAACGUAUCUUAGCUGUGUUGAUCAGUUAAUAUUUUCUUUUCUUUUUUCUUUUCUUACACUGUUCUUUACGGCCACUUCACUUUAAUUGCAACUUUGUUAACAUCGGAAAAGGAAUUUAAAAAAAUUCGCAAACUACAAAAAUAAUAUCUUAAAAUUAUUCUUUCAGCUAAAAAAAAAUACACUGCUAUUUUCUCUCAUUUGUUAUUAAUCGUACGUAUUAAAGAGCCAUUUAAAUA